AUGAACUUCGAUCCCUUCAACGAGCUAGGAGGUGGAUCAGCACUAAGAUUUGACGAAGGUCAACAAGACGAUUACUGUCUACCUGUGGCAUCUCAUUCGCCUGAAACUGAAAGAUUAGAUUACAUACAUGACGUUUACAAGUAUCAUGCAGGGAAUAUACCAGACGAAGUGGCAAUAUUGCUGAGCGAUGGUAGACCAUGGAGGAUAUUGGAUGUGGGCUGCGGUACAGGUAGAUGGGCGUUAGAGAUGAUCGAAGCUUUCCCAAAUAUACAUAUCACAGGAGUCGAUCUAGCUCAUCCACCCAUCACCGUUUUCCCACCCAAUUUUUCAUUCGAGAUACAUGAUGUGACCAAAGGACAGGAGUACGAAGACGAUGUUUUUGAUGUAGUUCAUGUGAGGGAUAUACAUGCCGGAAUGCCGGAUUAUCACGCGAUGUUGACCGAGUGCGUUCGCGUGCUACGUCCGGGAGGCUAUCUCCUGGUCAAAGAGAUUGAGUGGGUGCCCGCAGUAUUGGAUGGAAGUGAUGCUCAAGAGAGAUUCCCAGCGAUUUGCGCAGGCUCGUUUCGGAAUGCUUUAUCCGAACGAUUUCUAGAUCCUCUAGUAGGAGUCAAUCUUGAAUCUUACGUCGAUAACGUUUCUGGCCUAUGCGAUGUACAUUACUCGAGACAUAUGGUUCCUAUGACACCUUGGUCUGACGAUCCAAUACUCAACUAUACUGGUCAGAUGACUCGUCUGGCCAUGGCAAUCCUAGGCGGUACAAUGCGAAUCAUGCUUCUAGAUCAUGGUGAAUCCGAUCCUGAUGGACGGUACGCAGCGGGGAUAGAAGAAUUGCGAGACCUAUUGGGUCAGCCGAUAUGGUAUUUCGGUAGUGUUGUAGCUAGGAAAGAAGGUGAACUCAGUGAUCCAGAGCCGGACGCAGAACUAGAAGGAUACAGUCAGGAAAUGGACGAAGAGAAAGAUGAGACUGGCUGGAUAAGAGAUGAAGAUUGA